CCCGAUCAUACAAAACAACUUGAACCCCUAAGACUUCCCUAAAAAUACAGCCACACCAGGCCAGGCCACCGUGCAAGCUGCCAUCCACCACCCAAAAUGUCCCUCCCCCAAAUCUCAGCCCAGUUGUCCCCCACCCCGCACCCUUUCCCCACCUGCUGCCUCGCCCUCUCCAGCACCCUGAUCACCUAUUUGGGCAAGCUCCUCCCCACCCACCCGGGAUUCACCCUCUCGAUAGGCAGCGGAUCCGGCCUGCUGGAGGCGCUGAUCGCACUGCGCCACCCCACCGUGCCGGUGGAGGGGGUCGAGGUCAGCGGCGGCGUGAACCGGUACCUCGAGGAGUGGGAUCUGAACGUCGUGCAGGGGACGUGGGAUCUGCAUCCCCGGGCGGCGGGGGCGGCGGCGUGGAUGUUUGUGUAUCCGCGGGAGCCGGGGUUGGUGCGGAGGUAUUUGGAGGAGUUUGGGCGAGGUGCGGUGCAGAUGGUGGUGUGGUUGGGGCCCCGGGCGGAUUGGGGGGAUUAUGUUGGGUGUUUUGAGGAGGGGGUUUGGGUGGGGGAGGAGUUGGGGGAGGAGGAGGGCGUGGCGGGGUAUGAGGUUUGUGUUGUUCUGAGGAGACGGGAGGGUUUGGGUGAGUGA